AUGCAAGGCUUUGGUGAACCUGAUCGAGUAGAGAAUAUAAUGUGUGACGAUGACUUUGACCAGGAGCCUGUUGAUAUCAUCGGGGACAGCGACGAUGACGCAGGUGCCAAUCCACAUGCGCAGCAUGGGCCUUCAAGUUCUGCUUCUCAAGUCAUCGAAUCAGAUCAUCUGAAGUAUCAUGGAAAAUGCAAGCAAUUCGGCAAGGGUUGUACUUGGUUGAUUCGCGUUGCACUGUGUGCACGAAAGGGCACUUGGGAGGUUAGGAGGUACAACGGGCCACACACAUGCUUGGCAACCUCUAUUUCCAGUAAUCACCGUCAGUUGGAUUACCACGUUAUCUGUGCAAGGAUUCUUCCGUUGGUUAGGGCAGAUGCUGCGGUUACGGUAAAGGUAUUGCAACAAGCUACAGAAGCCGAUUACGGUUUCAGGCCUAGUUACAGAAAGGUUUGGAUGGCCAAGCAGAAGGCAGUGGCACAAAUAUAUGGAGAUUGGGAAGAGUCGUAUGCAGAAUUGCCACGUUGGAUGCUAGAAGUACAGUCAACAAUGGCCGGAACAAUAACCGUGUUGAAGACCUCUCCUAUUCGGCUUCGUGGUGAGGUUGAUGAGUCGACGGUGUACUUUACCGACUAUUCUGAACAUUCCCACCCUGUAUCGAGGCAUUCCGUCAUUUAUGGAGGGGCGCUGCUGUUGGCGAUAGCGCAGGAUGGGAACUCGAACAUCCUCCCGAUAGCAUUCGCCCUUGUGGAAGGAAAAAAUGCAGAGUCGUGGUCAUUUUUCUUGUCCAACCUACGAGAGCAUGUGACUCCUCAGGAGGGUAUCCUUGUUAUCUCUGACAGGCAUAAUAUGAUCAAGGCAGCGCUUGAGGCACCUGAGACUGGGUGGCUGCCUCCACGUGCUUUCUGA